CCAACAUGUCGGGGAACCAUCCUUAACCGGCACGUGGCUGUCACUUAUCCAACAACGAUCCCACGAAUCGUCGUCAUGACCCCGGUUUUACCGUUUCGGCCGGUUGUUUCUCCCAAAUCUUACGGCUCUCACUCACUUUUCCUUCUAUAUAAGGCGAUGAUCUCUCAAUUAGACAGAGAACUCUUCUCUUCAGAAUCUGAAAAGCCAUAAUAGCUAGAGAGCAGUGUAUCUGUUGCAGAUGAACAGAGUGAUUAGUCAGUUUUCCUGUAAGUUGAUGAACGACAAGUGUGUCAGAGGCGGCGAUACGACGACUCUCCGAUCUGCCGUCAAAGAAUCGGCCUCAGUUAGUUCUACUUCGUCGCAUAGUUCAGUCGCAUCACCGUCGUCGUCUUCUGGGCGGAGAAUCAGAGGCGAUCUGGAAUCGAGCCGAUUUGGUGCGGCGGCGAGCGAGAAGCUGAGGCAGGCGGAGGAGUCUUUAAGGACGGUUAUGUUUCUGAGCUGUUGGGGAUCUUGUUAGAUAUGUUGGAGUUGAAGAUAUAUAAAUCAAAGCAUUUCCAUAUGUAAAUAUUUUUUUUUCCUCUUUGUAGUCUUUUUGAAUUUCUGUCAAUCUAAUUACAAAACGGAAAGUUGUGAUGAACAAAAAUGGUUAACCAGUUUUUUUUUUUCACAAAAUUUCAUGAAAUACAGUAAGUUGGAUCUAUAGGUUCUUCUCCAUAUUUUUGCAUAUGGAUUUUGAUUAUUUGAACUACACAGAUUAGAAAACUAUUGAUAAUUUAAGAGUUCCA